GUCACCGCGAGGGCCACCGGCCCACAAGCAACAUCCCUCCCCUGUCUAACACCGAACCCGUCCCUCCCCUCGCCCCCUGCUCCCCUCUGCCUCUGACCCUCGGCCCUGCGCCCGCGCUCGCGCCUCCUCCUCCUCCUCCUUCUGCCCUGCCCCGCCGCCCUCGCGCCCGCGCGCGGACUCCCACGCCCCAUGAACGGCGCGGCCCUACCCGUGGCCCGGCGCCUUGCGAGCCUGGCGCUCGCCGGGCUGGCGGUCUCGAGCCGCCUGGCAAGCGCCCUGGCCCCGGCAACGCGGCCCGACGCGGCGAUCGGCCCCGCGGCCGCUGCCGCCAUCUGGAACACCGACGUGACCGUGCCCGGGCACGAGGGCCUGGCCUCGAUGUCCCUGCCCUCGGCCCUGUCGGUGUACAUUCCCAACAUUGAGAACUGCCUGACCCUGCGCCACGAGCUCCGGAGCAACGAAUGCUACCAGCUGCAGCAGACGUGCGACGAGUGCAGCGCAUCCUGCCCGUCCGGCUCGACGGCGGUCGUGUCGAACUCCUGCCCCUCGAAGCCGGGCUGCUCCUCGCGCACGUGCAUGUACCAGUGCUACUAUGUGUUCACCUGGUGCGAGGAGUGCGACGUGGGGCACUUCCUCGGGGACGACCAGCAGGAGUGCAUGUUGGGGCCCCCCUGCGAAAAUGGCAAGAUGUGCUCGAUGAAUGCGGUGUGCGAUCGCCCCGGCGGGGCCACCACCGGCCCGGGCACCUGCCGGUGCAAGCCCGGCUUCUUUGGAUUCCCCAUCUGGUCAGACAGCAGCCCCGGCUGCGAGUCCGUCUGCGGGGAUGGCGUCCUGGCCAGCGAUGAGGAGUGCGACGACGGGAACACCCUGGACGGGGACUGCUGCUCGGCGAAGUGCAAGCUCGAGCCGGCGCGCUCGCCCUGUGCCGUGUGGCAGGGCGACGGGGACAUGUGCACGGACGACAUGUGCGAUGGCCAGGGCAAUUGCACCCUCUUCGAGGACAACCACCGGUGCGAGUGUGGCAACGGCCUGCUGGAGACCGACGAGCAGUGUGACCAUGGCACGCGGAACAGCGACAACUCCGCCGACUGGCUCUGCCCCUAUGGGGCGCUGCAGUGCGAGGCGUGCACCAUGGAUUGCAAGUUGAAGCCGGGGCACACGCAGUACUGCGGCGAUGGCCAGCUCCAGGGCACCUUUGGCGAGCGCUGCGACGAUGGCAACACCACUGCCGGGGACGGCUGCUCGGCCGAGUGCCUGGUCGAGCCGGGCUUCGACUGCUCGCGCCUGGCCGGCGGCCCCUGCAAGCGCAUCACCGCGGCCGACGCCGAGUCGGUGGCCUCAGCCAGCCCGGCCAGCUGGGCCAUCGACCAGCCGGCGGUGGUCCUCACCCUCGCCGGGCCGGUGCACAUCCCGCUGGACAGCGGGGCCGCGUCGGGGACCGGGGCCGGGCUGGCGCCGCCGGCCCCGGCCACCAGCACCGACCCCCAGGACCGGGUGCUGGUGAGCCUGGCCCCGGCCGGCCGCGCAUGCGCCGAGGGGGCCCGGCUGCGGGUCCAGCGCCUGGCCGGCACCCCGGGCAGCGGGGACUACAACCGGCCGGCGGUGGCCGUGCCGGCCUCGGCCUUCCAGCUGGUCGGCCAGUACCGGCUAUGCUACACCACCGACGCCGGGGCCACUUGGCACGCGCAGCCGGCCGUCCAGCUGCACGUCCAGCCCCCGGCGGCCAUCCCCUCGGCCGACCACCUGACGGCCAUCUACCCGACGGUCUUCUUCAUCCAGCCCACCACCGCCGACGGGGCGGCCAGCACAUCCGGCCCGGGCACCACCCUCGGCCUGCUGUCCCUCACGGGCGACCACCUGAGCCCCGAGUACACCCGGGUGCGCUUUGUCCGCGACCCGUCGCACUGCGCCGAGGCCGGGUCCCAGUCGAAUGGGGCCAGCGCGUCGAGCGGCCCCGCCGGCGGCGGCUCCGGGCCGGUCGGCGGCUCGAGCUCGAGCGCGUCCGGGCCCUCGUCGGCCGGCGCCGGCCUGGCCACGCUGGGCAGCCCCCCCGACGGGGUGUACGCCCUGGCCGAUGGCCAUGUCCAGCUCCAGCUCCGGCACUUUGCCGCCGGCGGGGUGUACCAUGUGUGCCUGUCCAAUGACCUGGGCCAGCACUUUGUCCUCCAGCGCCAGGUCCAAUUGGAGAUCAUCCCCCGGGUCACCAGCAAUGAGGUCAUUCGGUCGGUGACCCCGGCCAAGGUCCGGUCCUCGGAGUCGGUGCCCGUCACCGUGGCCGGGCUGCUGCCCUCCCACCGGACGUACGUGGUGGCGGCGGCCGGUCGCCAGGGCGGGCCGCCCGGCAGCCCCAACGCCCCGUCGCCCAUUUGCAGCGAGGCGGACUUCGCCAGCGCGCCGGUGCUUUUCGACGCCGGGGCCCUGCUGCCGGCCGCCCAGGCCGGGGAUGACAGCCGGAUCGCCAUGCCGCCCAUCCAGGCAUGCGGCGCGGUGCACCUCUGCGUGUCGACCGACUACGACCCCACGUCGCCGGCCGGCCAGGCCGCCACCUGGUACCGCCAGACCCGGGCCAUGAUCACGGUCACCGUGCCCCUCGUCGAGGGGGUUGUCUCGAGCAUCAGCCCCAUGCGCGUGGAGUUCCCCCGGCCGACGGCCGGCAAGCGCGCCCAGCAGCAGCCCCUUGCCGAGGCCCCGGGGCGCACCUUCAACACGACCUUCCACCUGGUGGGCGCCCUGCCGUGCGAGGAGUUCCGCGUCGGGCUCUUCCGCGUGGAGGCCCCGCCGGCCGUCGGCGCGGCGGCCGCACCGCCCGGGCCGGUCCUCUGCCAGGACCACCUGCUGGUGGCCAGCAACAGCACGACGCGCAUCGGGUCCGGGCCGCAUGCGGCCGCUUCGGGCGUGGCGCAGGUGACCUUCGCCGGGCUGGCCCCGGCCACCGGGGCCGACCCCGACACCGGCAGUCUGGCCGGCCGCCUGGUCGAGGGGGCGCACAUGCUCUGCCUGAGCACCGAUGCCGGGCUGACAUGGCUGGCCCAGGCAAAUGCCCCGGGCCCGGGGGCCGGCAGCGCCAGCGCCAGCGCCAGCGCCAGCGCCAGUGCCCCGAAUGCCGGGGCCCAGCUGCUGGUGCACUUUGUGGCGGUGGCCGGCGCCUCGUCCGGGCCGCGGUCGGCCGCGGAGAUCCUCGCCUCGCCACUGGUCAUCGGGGCCAUCUCGGCCGUGUGCGGGCUGGUCUUGCUGGUGGUGGUGGUCGUGGCCCUGAGCAUGGUCCAGCGCCGGCGCAUGAAGCUGGCCCUGGAGUCCGCCCGCUUGGAGAUCGACAUGCUGCACGACCGGCCCGAGCCCAUGGGCGACGGGUAUAUCGUCGGUGCCAAGGAGGCCGAUCCCCUCGCCGUCUUCGGCAUCACGGCCAUCUACUCCGGCACGAGGUCCCUGGAGCCGGAGUACUACGACGGCAUGGGCGCCUCGGAGGCCGCCGACCCCGAGGCCGGCCCCCCGGCCAAGGGGGCCCCGCCCGCGCCCCCGGCCCCCGGCAAGGACCAGGACAUCGGCGACCUGACCGACGUCGACCCGGCCAAGUACUUCGGCCCGACGGCCGGCGCCGGCGGGACGGCCAGCACCGCCGGCGACACCGACUCGCCGCACGGGUCCUCCGUGCUGGGGACCGACCACUCGCCGGACUCGCUGGACCUCGACGCGGACUUCUGAUCCCCCCCCCCCUCCCCCCCCCCUG